AGUUUACUCAUCCUAACCCUAUUUUUCUACGGCAAUUCCUCCAAGAAGCAUAAUCGAAGCUUGCAGAUUCUCUCGAUCUCAUACGCAGCCAUGGGGAUUGAUUUACUCGGAAACGCUUCUUCUCAAAAACCCAGAUGGGGCGAGCUCGAAGAAGAGGACGACGGCAGCGAUUAUGAUUUCUUGUUGCCGCCCAAACAGGUUAUUGGACCGGACGAACAUGGGUUGAAGAAGGUGAUAGAGUACAAGUUCAACGAUGACGGUAAUAGGGUUAAGAUAACUACCACCACGCGCGUCCGUAAGCUCGCUAAUGCUCGGCUCAGCAAGCGCGCUAUUGAGAGGCGGUCAUGGCCUAAGUUCGGCGAUGCUGUCCGUGAGGACGUCGGCGCAAGGUUAACUAUGGUUUCCACUGAGGAAAUCAUCUUGGAGCGACCUAGGGCUCCAGGUACCAAAGCUGAAGACUCAAAUGCAUCUGGAGACCCAUUGGCCCAAAUGUCGAAAGGAGGAGCUGUUCUUAUGGUUUGUAGGACUUGUGGGAAGAAAGGUGACCACUGGACCUCAAAGUGCCCCUACAAGGAUCUCGCCCAGCCAACUGAAACCUUUGUUGAGAACCCAAACCCUGCAGAUUCUUCUGCAACCGGUGCUUCUGGUGCCACCAAAGGUACUUAUGUCCCACCCACUAUGCGUGCUGGUGCGGUUAGACCUACUGCUGGUGCUGACAUGAGACGAAGGAAUGAUGAGAACUCGGUUCGGGUCAAUAACCUUUCUGAGGACACCCGAGAGCCUGACCUGCUUGAGCUGUUCCGGCCUUUUGGCAAUGUGUCUCGUGUUUAUGUUGCUAUGGAUCAGAAGACAGGGAUGAGCCGAGGUUUUGGGUUUGUUAAUUUCGUGAGGAGGGAAGAGGGUGAGAGAGCUAUCGCCAAACUCAAUGGGUAUGGUUAUGAUAACCUUAUCUUGAGUGUCGAAUGGGCUGCGCCCAGGGCAAAUUAGUCUUUUUUCUUGCCCAAGUAUGAAUGUCGGUUUGUUGCAUAUUUUGAAAUAUGGUACCAACUUGAAGGAUUGGUUAGUGUGCAAGCAAGAUUUUGAGAUUUCCUAUUAAUAGUUUUAUUUGUAAACAGAAAAUUAGAUUGCACUUUUCCUUUAGUUCCUUCAGCAAGAUUUUG